GAAGACAUACAAAUUAAAUGUCAACAUAAAAGUGCAAUAAAAUUUAUUGUAGAUGACACAUUAUCAAUACCAAGGAUUACAAACAAAAAACAGCAUAACGCAUUCUUAUUUCCAUUGUGGUCCUUAAAACAAUGUAAAACGUAAAACAGGUUAACGGUAUGAGUGCAAGUUACUUCCUUGUUAAUAUUUUGGAUUAAAAUAGGUAAUGGAUAUUUAUAUUAGAAAGUUAACGCGCAUACUAGUAAAAAUAUCAAUUAUGCAGACUUCUACGGAUAAUAAGGAAACCAAAAUACACUUAAAAGUAGUAAAUGUCCGUAUUUUCCUUCUUCUUUUUAUAUAAAAUACCUCCGAAGGGUCAUAUAUUUCAAGCCUGGAUAAAAAUUGUACUUGAAGUGACAGAUAUAAACGAAACUAAGUAUGUGGCAGUUAAAUAUUAAAUUACAUGAAAUACAGAAAAUUGCUGCGGUUCAACUAAUUUGAAUUUACCCUGGAAACAAGGUGAUAGCUCUCUAAAACACAUUCAAGUGUUUUACAUGUGUAGUAACGCGUUACUAUGGCUUCUUCAAGUGCGAACGAAACAAUCAUUCAGACAGACGAAGCAUAUGCAGACGCAGAAUCGCAACAAAAUCAUCAUCAUAUAGAAGUAGAGGUUAUAACAGAAAGGGAAGAUAAUGCUAAUAGACAAACCAAUCAGAAUGACGAAACAAAUGCAGACACAGAACAAAAUCAGCAUCCGAUAGAAGUAGAGGGUAUAACAGAAAGGGAAGAUGAUGUUAAUACAAGAACAAACAGUUGCGCGUCACAACACCGGAAAAAAAGUCAGACAGACGAAGCAAAAGCAGACCCAGAACCGCAACAAAAACAGCAUCAUAUAGAAGUAGAGGUUAUAACAGAAAGGGAAGAUAAUGCUUAUAAUAGACAAACCAAUCAGAAAGACGAAACAAAUGCAGACACAGAACAAAAUCAGCAUCCGAUAGAAGUAGAGGGUAUAACAGAAAGGGAAGAUGAUGUUAAUACAAGAACAAAAAAGAAACGAAGCAAGAAAAUUACCAUUGAGCGUCCGUCACAGAUUGAACAGAGACAGACGGCUGAGAAAGCGAACAAAGAUCGCCAUAAACCAUCAAAGUUGGCUGUAGGGACAAAAUGGCUGUUUACCUUCAUAUUCGGUGUUAUUCUUUUAGCAUGUCUAACACUAAGCAAGAUAUCGAUUCUUGUUUUAUCAGAGGCAAUGAACAAUGACCCAGACAUGAAUACAGAUUCAAGAUGCCGGUUGUUUGUAAAGUUGCAAAUACUUAUACUUGUGCCAAAUGUAUUUGCUUUUUUCAAAAGCGUCUGGGCAGGAACUUUUCGAAACGAUCUACCUAUGCCAUCCCUAAGAACUAUUCUUUAUGCUGUGCCAGUCUCGGUUUUCGAAUCAACUGGAUUGUGCCUACUUAUAUUCAAUAUCCCGGGACUGUGCAAGACACACCAUAUUGUUUUGUUAAUGAACUGUGUAUUCUUUGUACCGUUGCUUGAUAACAUCGUUCGAAGUUGUAAGCAAACAAAUCGAAAAGAUAGAAAACGGACCCUUGGUUUAUUUGGUUCAGCUUUGUUUUUUGAGAUAGGAGGCAUUGCCUUUUCUGUUUACUUGGUGUGUCUUCAUGUUGCGUUGGAAAAACUGUGGAUGCCGAUAAUUGGAAUUUUAUUACUGUCUUUCGCUUGGACACCUUUUAAUUAUAGAGUUUUACUGGAAACAGAAAAUAGUGAUAGGAAAAACAACACAGAUAUACAACAAGACGGGAACACGUUACCUUUACAGGGAAUUAGAACUGUACAGGCCGACGACUCGCACAGUAGACCAACCCAAAACGCGACGCUGCAUGAUGUGAAAAGAAUCACAUGGAAAUUGACGCUAAUCAUGUCUUUUAUAAAAAUAUGUUCGACGUAUGGGAUAUCAAUGAUCUUGUUAAGUGAUGAUUCCAUUUCUCCAUUUCCGGAAAACAGUAGCGUUACAAUUGUCAAUUAUUCAAACGGCUGGAAACUGUCGAUUUGGGAGGAGGCCAGCAAUGGAGAAGUGUAUUAUUUUGUUGCACACAUUUGCAGUAGUUUCGUCAGUUAUUACGUUGGGUACAUGGCUUGUACCACCUGCAUGCAAAUUGGAGCGUUUGCACUUCCGCUUGUGUUAACAAUUGUUCCAUCACUUCUACUGCUGACAAUAAAAGGAAGCUGUGAGUCAAUAUUGUUGCGUAUUGGAAGCACAAAGGACAUAUAUGAUUGCAUCGUCUUUCCAGCUCAUACCAAACUAGACUUAGUUCUUUUAAUCCUUGCCGGAAGCUUUUUUUUGGUAGCACAAGUACUAUUCACAUUCUGUUUAAUAUGGGAAAAUGGCUCGCUGCUUAAACUCAAAGAGGAUCAGUUGUUUUGGCUACCGAUGUACACGCCAUCACUUCUUGAACAGUGGUUGAUGUUAAUAAGAAGGAAUGAGUUUAAUGACGAUAAGUAUAAGGAAAGAGUUAGGAACGGAAGCGAAGCAAAAGUCAUUAUCUGCACAACAAUGUUUAGAGAAGAUGAACAUGAAAUGAAGCAAAUUUUGGAAUCAAUUUUUGGAGUUUUACAAACCAAAGAAAAGAAGCACUAUGAGUCACAUAUUAUAUUUGAUGGUGCUACAAAAGGUACCGAUCCAACGGAGCAUGCAUUACAGCUUAUUUACCUUAUUGAUGAAGUGUUCGAACUACCACCACAUACAUGUGAAAAAAGGAGAACGCCGUAUGGGAUGUCUCUUAAGUAUACCCUCAGGACAAAACUAGCAAAUAACCAAUACGAAACGAUGGACCUUACAGUUCACAUGAAAGAUAACAUAAAGGUUAAGAGUAAAAAGCGAUGGAGUCAAGUGAUGUAUAUGUCUUAUGUGUUAGAUCGGCGCCUCAAAGAAUUAGAUGAUACAGACGACGAAGAUGUCUUCAUUUUGACUACGGACGCUGACGUAAAAUUCACCUCAGAUUCAAUAGCCUACCUUCUUGAUUUGAUGGUUCGCGACGACAGUGUGGGCGCAGUAUGUGCGCGGACGUUUCCUCUUGGAAAUGGUCCAGUUGUUUGGUAUCAAGCUUUUGAGUAUGCGAUCGGUCAUUGGUUUCAGAAGGCAACAGAACACGUGAUUGGAUCCGUUCUCUGUUCGCCCGGAUGUUUUAGCGUGUACAGAUGUAAAGCAAUUCGAGAGGUUUUAACAACCUACGCAUCCGAUGUAGAGCAUGCAUUUGAUUUUCUUACAAAGGAUAUGGGAGAAGACAGAUGGCUUUGCACACUUAUGGUUCAAACUGGACGACGCAUUGAAUAUUGUGCUGCAUCAGAAAAUAGUACACAUUGUCCAGAGACAUUUGAUGAGUUUUUCAAACAAAGGAGGCGAUGGGUGGUUUCAACAUUAGCAAAUAUGAUGCUGCUGUUGCAGCAAUGGACCUUAGUUAAUGAAUUCAACCACCGUGUUUCAUUUUUGUUCCUGGCUUACCAAGCUGUCUUGCUGUUCGCUACCUUGAUCGGACCAAGUUCUGUCGUGUUGGUUAUAUGUGGUGGCUUGCAGUAUUCUUGGAACUGGAAUCCCGUUCUUACACUCAUUUUGCAGCUGAUGAUAUGUACAGGAUUCACUAUAAUAUGUCUUAUUACAUCAUCAAAAACUCAGCUUACCGUUGCGAAGAUCCUAACAUUUUUGUAUGCAGCCGUCAUGACAGCCGUCACAGUUGGAACAGCAUUGCAGAUCUCAAACGAUUUCAAUGGAUUGCCAGGAGCAGAGGCGAAUUUCAUAAGCCACGACAUCAAAAUAUCAACACCCACAGUAUAUCUUGCCACAGUAACCGGAAUAUUUCUUAUCACCGCUGUACUGCACUUGCAAGAAUGUAUAUAUGUUUUACAUGGGAUAUGGUACCUAAUGUGUCUACCAGCUGGAUAUCUGUUGUUAAUAAUAUACAGCAUCUGUAAUAUAACUGACAGAUCUUGGGGAACAAGGGAGGGAAAAUAUGGCUCUGAUUCUUCAACCGUUUAUGCAAACAUACGAAAUCAGAUUGCGAAAAACUUAAGAUCGAUAUUCAGCUGUUGCUUGCGAAAGCCUUCUGUAAAUGUCCAACUUCAAGAAACAAAAAGACAUAAGGAAUAUCUUCAAAUAGAGGAAGAAGUUAAAAAGACAGAAGACCCUAAGACAGGCGGCAAGGAAACAUCAGACACAAAUGAUGCUGUCGAAAACACUACACCGGAAGAUUAUGAAACAGUCAACGAAUGGUUACCAGCAGAAAUGAUAGACAAGUACGGUGAGAAAUUUAUAGAGAAUGGCUAUGAAAAUGAGAUGUUCAUAAGUUCAAUGACGGACAACGAUUUGCAAGAAAUCGGAAUUAAAGCUGACGGAGAAAGACUAACAUUACUUUUGAAAAUACGGACAUUACCAGAUUUUAAAAUAGCCCCAGAAAUUCCUACUAACUUAUCUGAUUGGUUACACAAAAUUGGACUUGAACAAUAUAAAGCAAAUUUUAUGAACGCCUCGAUAAAGUCCAAGGAAGAAAUGGAAGCACUGAAACUUUUUGGAAAGAAGGAGAUCAUAAAUCAGCUACACAUAGUUAAAAGAGGUCAUGUCAAGCGCUUACUCUAUGCGAUCGAACAGAUGCGUCAACCGACGAAAAGAGAGAAGAAAAUUGAAAAAGCAAGAACGGCUCUACUUGAGACAAGAAUAGAGAAUUGCUCGGUGGAGCUUCAAGAGUUUUGGACCCUCUUGAUUGAACUUUGUCUUGUACCACAAUCUUCUGCAUUUGGUUCAGAAAAUACACUGAAAGAGAAAUUGAGUGAAUUGCGCAACACUUGGCUUGUAAUAUUUGCUUUGUCAAAUAUUUUGUGGUUGAUACUGAUUUUUACCUUGGCUGAAGAAGGACACUUACUGAGUGUUUUUGGAGGCAAUCCUGUCGGUUUUAUCGUCAUAGUCCUGUUUGGGUUCAUUUUGAUAAUACAAUUUCUGGCAAUGUUUCUGCACCGCUUUUCAACAUUCAAACAUUUUCUGGCCAGAGCACCAUAUUUCCGUAGCAGCGGCAAGAAUGUUAUCUACGACCUUCAUACCAAGCCCUACGAAGACACAGAGCACAGUUGGUAUAAUAAUUCAGGGUACUCACCUCCCUAAUCGUCGUCUUAUAUACACUAGCAAUGGACCGAGAACUAUUUAUAACGAGUAUUAGACACUCGCAAACUUUCUUUUGUUUAGAUGAAAACUCUACAAAAAAAUGUUUCUAAAAGCUCACUUCAUUUAGCCAAAACGGUCCAAUCUGUACAAUAUUAAAUAACUCAUCUUUCUAUUCAAAAUGCUAUGAUCCGAUAGAGACUUCUUUAAUCCUGUUUCAUAUUUAUGACUGUAGCUGAGUCAAUGUCUUUUUAAACAUAAACGUAGGAUGGCUAGCCAAUGAAAAUAUAUUUCGGUAGAUAUUGACUUCAGAUCAUAACAAAUAAAAUAUCGGUGUUUUCAACUAGUUCUGAAUCGAAAGUAGACGAUACGUUGACAAUAAGUUUAAAUUAGUAAGUUAUAGCACAAAAUGUUAAGUUACCAUAAGGUUGUUUUAUAUUUCGCGUGGUAUGUACUCUAUGAUUAAUUACGGUGUAAAACGGACAAACUAUUUGAAUGUAUUAUAUUGUUAAAUUGUGAUUUCAUGUUUAUGUAGCUACUGAAGAUCACACCGACAAAUAAAAUAUUUCUUUAUUGGUAGUGAAAGAUCCAAGGUGCUCACCAGAGCAGUAUUUCAGUUAUUGGUAGGCAUUUUUGUAAAGGGUAACUGAUUUCACAGCUUCCUCACAUUAUGACAAAUUGGAAUCCUACAACGGUCACAGGAAAUUCAUUUUUCUGUUCAAAGUGCUAUGAUCAGAUAGAGACUUCUUUCUCUAAACCUGUUUGAUAUUUAUGAGUGUAACUGAGUCAAUGUCUUUUUUUAAAGGAUUGUAAACCAAACGUAGGAUGGCUAGCCAAUGAAAAUAUAUUUCGGUAGUCUAAGACUAAAGUAUAAAUGAAAGUGAAAAACUACCUUAAUGAAGAUGCAUUCAAUAAAAAUUGAAAUCCAGUUUGAGAUGUUUAUUGAUCAUUUUACUAGAUAAUUCUUCUUGCACAGAUUUCACAUAAGAUUCCGUGUUGCAGAAUGAUUUCAAUAAUUACAUAAAAGUUGUGCAGGAAAAGUCUCUUUGUCAGAAAAAUGCAAAUGCUGAAUUAAACAUUAAAAUUUUAGAAGAUGGUCAAAAGUGAGGUGAUCUCAAAAUAAUCUACUUUCGUCAAAGAUGGCCACCUUUUAAAAACUGCCGCUUAAACUUAAACCAAAAACAUACAUACGCUUUUGAUAAAUCUAUCCAAAUGUACUGGCUGUCAGAAAUUAAGGGUGUAAACGACAUAUCGAAAUUCACUGUAUUACGAUACAUUAGUCUUGCGAUACGCGUAUUGUAUCAUAGGCAUUUUUUCACGAUAUAGUGAAAAGUAGAAUCAUUGAAUGAAAACAUUAAAAAAAUCAGUGUUAAAGAUAGUAACUAAAUAAAAAAAUACCACUCUUCUAACAAAAAAUAAAAAAGUUGUCUCCCUUGGAUAAAAUUUGAUAUUUAGCAGAAGAAAAGUCAGAAUGCAUUUAUGUGAGUCAAAAUUAAGUAUAUAAUGGUAACUGGCAUAUCAAGAAUGUUUAAAAUGACAACAGUCCUGAGCAGAACUUUACAACAAUUGUAAAUUAUUAUAAAUACAUUGGAACUUCGUUACUGGAACCCGUCAGGACCGACGAAAUGUUUUCGAGUUAUCGGUAAUUUGAGUGAUCGAAGAAUAUAGUAUAAAGGAAUUUUGUUGGGACGUGACGAUAGAUUCAAAUGAAGAAUGGUGUUCGAAUUAUCAGAGUUUGAGCGAACGAAGUUUGUCUGUAGCGUGUAUUAGUGAAUAAAUGACAUAUGUUUCACUUUGUUAUUAGUUUUCGCGACUCAGAAUUUGUGAGUGUUGCUGUAUUCAUUUCAAUUUAUUUACACUAAGAGAACUAAUGACACUUAGUAAAACUAUAUAAUUCAUUAACUAUGUUAGUGCGAUAGACCAUGUGAACAUCCC